ACCACCGCCGGCAGUGCUGGAAUGGAUCCGGCGAUCUGGCCGCUGCCGGCGCCAUCCAACCCCAGCCCUCUUGUGCCUUCUCUCGGCCCCAUCUCCCAACGCCGCCACGACCCCAUCCUCCUCGUCGUCCCCUCGCCCCCUUCCCCAUCUCAUCUGAUGUCAACCUCGGCAAGCAGGCUGACCACGCCGUCCGUCUACCGACGCCUCUACUGCCCCCUCCUCUGCUGCAGAAGGCCUAUGGUAGACCAUCACUGCCACUUCCCCUCCUCCUUGCUGUCUCCUCCGCCGGCUCACCUGUCUCCUCCGACGGUGGUCGCCGCAGGUCCGCCGCCGACGCAGUACGUUCCUGACGCCUCUUCCUCUCCCGUAGACCCCCCCUCGAUGUCUCAUCCGCCCCCUUCCCCCUCCCUUCCAACGCUGACUGCCGCAAAGUACGUCGCUGACUACGAGAUGCUCAUCCUCAGCGACGGCGCCGACUACUCCUUCCCCUUCUCCACCGGCGGGCUAUUCUUGGCUACUGCCAUCCUCCUGUGGCGCCUCCCAAAUUCAAAUUUUUCUGCUAAACCCGCGCGCCCAGGCGGAACAGUCUAGAAGCCAACCUUGCAGACCAAUAUAUAUCAAUUUUUCUAUCGCACCAAGUUCAAAUCCGCGCGCCAAGGUGGAGCUGUCUAGAAGCCACUCUUGAAGACGAAUAUAAAGCAAAUGGGCAGGCAUAUGCGACUCACGCUGCUGCACCCAAAGAAGCCAGAGGCUGGUUACAUAAAUCUUCAGAUUGAAUAGAUUGUGAGGACUACGCCGUUUGUUCUGCUUCGUGAAGGAGGUCCAAAACAUACUCAACAAGCUCAGAAAUUAGAAGUCUACAGGAGAAACCCUUGGAUUUUGGUGUGAAACUGAAGAACCACAAGGUCUUGCGCCCAAAUGUUACAAUCCUUGUGCCAACAAAGCGAUAAAGGAAAAGAAAAAGUGGUCUACGGCAAUAAUAAGUCCAACAGAACUGGCCCCAAUGGCAUGCCACAAACUCGGACAAGUCUAUUUAUACGCGAGCCGACAUGUGUGACACAUUUGAGUUACUCGUCUUCUUCGGAUGAUGAAGUGACAAACCAAUCAGCUGCGAUUUUUCCUACUAAUAAUGGUCUGCUCACAUCAAUUGAGGACUUGGAGCGAGGAGAAAGCUCCAAAGGGCGAAAGCGUGCACGUGAAGCAACAAGAUAUGCUAGCCGUACACCAGAACAAAUACAAGCAAGGCGAGAACGUGUGAGAGCACGUCGGCAAAGUUUAACACCAAAUUAGAAGGAAAGGAUUAAUGCACAGAGAAGAGAGAAAAGACAACGUAUGACACUUGAUGAGAGGAAUGCAAGUCAGCGAGCACGUAGGCAAAGUUUGACGCUAGAUGAAAGGCAAGAAAGGAAUGCACGCCAGCGAGCACGUAGGAAAAGCCUACCACCCGAAGAGCGGCAAGCACUCCUAGCUCAGCGUAAAGAAAGCUACGCAGCUAAACGAGAUACCCUCUGUAAGGAUUCCGUCGCACUGCAGUGCCCUAAAGGUUCAUUGGCAGGACAACUAUCAUCAAGCUCUUAUGCCUUUAGCUACCCAAUUAUGCUGGCACAAACUUCUGCUACAGUUCAAGGUAACCUUGAAAGCAUACCUGAAGCGGUGGAAGAGGAUCACAUAGUUUACACUAACACAGGUUCCCGAACAGAAAGCUUUGUUACGGACGAUGAUGAGUCUGAAGAAGAAGAUGACGAGUACUUCAUAUUUGCUGGCAGAGGAGAUGAUGAAGACUGUGAUGACCUGAUAAAUGCAUUUAAAGUAGAUACCAUUAUUCCUGACCCAUAUGAUGAUGUCUACAAGAAUAUACCAAUGGAUGAAGCCAGUGCUCGAGGGCCAACAUUGUUAGCACAUAUGUUUUGAGCAAACAACUAAAAGAGUGUACUAUGCUGGACACACAUGAACUGAUCGGGCGCACUCUGUCUCACGAAACCGCCUGUACAAGAUUUGAUCAAAUUUAAUAUUGAUGGGGCAUUUACAUCAGGCGGCUCCUUUGCUGGAUGGGGGGUUGUUCCUCGUGAUGAAGAAAGAGCUGUGAUCCUAUCACGGGCUAGGACAGGUGAUAAUAUCCACGAUGCAUUUGGGGCAGAGCUUCUCGCCAUUUCCAAUGAUGUCAAUAUGACGGCGUAGAUAGGAGCACUAGAUGCUCGACGUGCUGAUUCUUCCCCCUUAUUAUGCUGCUGUCAUCGAGGAUGUAAAGUUCCAAAUGAGGUUGUGGUUCUCUAGAUGCAGAGUUUUGGUAUGUAAAAGAAAAGCAAACCAUGUUGCACAUGAACUGGCCAGGCUAGGCCAUCAUUGUAAUCUUGAGACCCUCUGGUGGGACUUCAAUGUAUCUGCCCUUGUGCCAGCCGUUGCAGUGGGCAAAAUGCCUACUAAGUAUUAGUAAUAUAGUUGUUGCUUUCCCUUAAAAAAGAAUAUACUGUAGGUGCUUGUGUAUUAAGUCAAGGCACUUUUAACUCGUUCUUGUUUCUUUC